AUGAUAUUCUUGCGUUAUCAUCUUGACAAGAUUCUAAAAAUCGAAUAUCUCACAGUUAAGGAUCCACUUGUUUUGUGGAAAAGCCUAAAAGAAAGAUAUGACCACUUGAAGAUGGUCAUACAUCCAAAAGCACGAUAUGAUUGGAUGCAUCUAAGGCUACAAGACUUUAAGUCUAUACAUGAGUAUAAUUCUGCCAUGUUCAGAAUCACUUCUCAGUUGAAAUUAUGUGGAGAAACGGUUAGUGAUAUUGAUAUGAUGGACAAGACGUUCUCCACUUUUCAUGCCUCGAAUGUGCUCAUGCAGCAACAAUAUCGAGAGAAAGGUUUCAAAAAAUCUGAACCACUUCCUGAAGUGAAUGAGGCGUACGCCCACCAUGCUAGGCGUGGAAAAGGUCGAGGCCCUAAUUGUGGUCGUGGAUGCGGACGUGGACGUCGACGUGGUCGUGAUUAUUGUCAAGAACGUAAUUAUUUUCCUAGUGUUAAUCAUUCAUCAAACAAAAAUCACAAUCAAAAGGAAAAAAGAAAGGAUGAGAAACAUGAAGCAACUAGGGAAGGUUGUUUUCGAUGUGGUGGAAGAGGUCAUUAUGCAUGUGAUUGUCGUACUCCCAAACACUUGGUUGAGCUUUAUCAAGAAUCGCUAAAGAAGAAAGAGAAAAAUCCUGAAGCGAAUUUUGUCUCUGAAAAUCAAGUUGACAUCACGCACUUGGAUGUAGCAGAUUUCUUCGCACAUCCUGAAGGAAAGAUAGAUCACUUAAUUGGUGAUGGUUCUGUGAACAUGGAAGAAUGA